AUGAUAGUCCCUGCCCCUACCUCCUCUACCCCUGCCCCCACCAUCUCUAGCCCCACCUCCGCUACCUCUGGCCCCGCCCCGCUACCUCUGGCCCCGCCUCCGCUACCUCUGGCCCCGCCCCCGCCACCUCUGGCCCUGCCCCGCUACCUCUGGCUCCGCCUCCGCUACCUCUGGCCCCGCCCCCGCCCCACCACCUCUAGCCCCGCCUCCGCUACCUCUGGCCCCGCCUCUACCUCUGGCAACGCCUCCUCUACGUCUGACCCCACCCCCACCACCUCUGGCCCCGCCCCACUCCUCUGGUCCCACCAUCUCUCAGCUGCCACAGACACUCAUCAUAAAUCUCCUUGA